AGACGUUUGGUUGGGUGUAAUCGUAUUACGCCCUAUUCCCUUCCCUCUCUAUUACUGAUACUGGCCGUAAUAGCCACUCUGAGUUUGAAGCGGGUAAUAGGGAAUCCCCAUCAAUUCCCAAUUUUAUUUUCCAUUUUCUGCCCUCAUCCUCUCCCAACGUUUCCUAAUUUUUUUCUCUUCCAGAUUUCUACUUCUUCUUUUGGUACGGAGCUGAGCCAAAACAAAAUAAAGCACCUUUUGCAUGAGUUAAAACAAGGAAUAAAUACCCCAUUUUUCCUCCCCUGUCCUGUCCAUUAAUUAGAAAUUUGGGGGUCUUUUUAUUAGAACUUAGAAAUAUAAGAUCUUGGGGUAUAGUUGGAAUCAGGAUCAUGGAUUUGGAAUUCUUGCAAUCUAUGGAUAUUCAGAUUCUUGUUGGUGUAGCUGUAGCUGCUUUAGCCAUUGUUGUUGGUGCUGUUUAUUUGUUUGCCUUUUCGUCCUGAAUUUCUCUUUCAAAAACUUCUUUUAAAUGGUUUUUUUAAUUAAUAAAAAAAACUAUUUUGUUAUUUUAUUUUGCUUACUCUACUUUGCAUGCCUGUUUCUCUUUCUUGGGUUAUAAGUUCAAUUUUGAAUGCAGGGUUCUAAUAGGAUUUGGGGUUGGUGAAACUGGGUUUUUUUUAUCCGAUCAUAUGUAUAUUUGAUUGAUAUUUAAUCCUCUUGUCCUGAAUUGGGGAACCUUGCAACUUAUUUUUUAAUUUGAGUUUAAAUUCCAUUGUUAUUAUCAGUUUUGCAGUUUAAGGGUCUUUAAUUGUGUUUUUUUAUUUGGUGAUUUUGUUAUAUUCUUUUAACUAUGGAUUUGAAAAUUGGUGAGGAAGAUAAUGGUAUCAAGGCACCAAAGAAACAAGAUGGAUUAGAAGGAGGUGGAAAUUCAAAGAUGAAGGGCAAUGGAAGCAUUAGUGGCAAAGACAUGAUAUUUAGAGCUGAUCAAAUUGAUUUAAAAAGCUUAGACAUGCAGCUGGAGAAGCACCUGAGCCGAGUUUGGUCUAGGAACAUUGAGAAACAAAGGCCAGCUGAGGAAUGGGAGAUUGAUUUGGCUAAGUUGGAUUUAAGGAAUGUUAUAGCUCAUGGCACCUAUGGGACUGUUUAUCGUGCCACUUAUGAUAAUGAAGAUGUUGCAGGAACCUGAGCCAGAUGAGGAAGUAGAAAAUGAAGCAGAUGAAAGGCUGUUGUUGAGUUCAUGGCUGAUCUCGUUGCCAAGAGGGAUACCAAGGCAACACCACCAAAGAAGGAGAAAGGUUUUUGGUUCAGGAUUUGCUCGAUUUGUUGGCCGUUCCGGACCGCAAAUACGGACGACAAGAUGUGUGUGUGUGUGUUUUUUUAUGCCAGUUCCAUUACUUUGUAAAUUAUUUGUGAGAUUGGUGAGCUUUUCUGCAAAGUUCAAAAUCCUGCUUGCAAGUGUUUUCAGAUUCAAGAGAAGUGAAAAACCUACAAUUGUAAAUCUUUUGGCAUCUAUUCUAUAGCUUCCAAAUUCUACUUUUAGUAUAAA